AUGCGUGGUGUUCGGGGUCCGGUGUGGUAUACUAUCAACUUGCUGGUCAUGGACGCUGUAACCGCCCCGGUGGCACCGAGGGCGGAAACAACUGCCGCGCGUAAUGGGAAGAAGGAGAAUCACACUGUCGGAAAUGACGACCAUCAUAGCCCGCCUUCUUGGUAUAUCUGGCUUGCCAGGUAUGGAUGGAUCGGCGCUGCGGCGCUCAGCUUCCUUGCGCGUCUUUACUACCCCCUUGGUGCGAAUCUCAAAAUCGUAGCUCUCCAGCCAGCCUAUGCCUCCCAGUACAUUUUAGCAUAUACCAUAGGACACGCGUCGUGGAAGCAUGGCACUUCCUUCGUGGGAGGGUUUACGUCGAGCAAGACGAGUGGAAAGGAUAAAGCUGGUGCCUCGGACGCGAAGGCCGACAACUCGUCGUUUUCGGUUAUUGCCGCAGUACUAGUACCCCUUGCUACACUGCCCAUUGUCUGGAUACCGUACUUGUUUCGAGAUGCGGGUAGAGACUGGAUGGCGCAGUCCAUGACGGAUCUCGGUGGUGGAUGGAACGUCCCGGCUUUCCUGUACGCCCUCUGGAACGAGCUUUCAUUUAUGAUAGUCUGCCCGGCACUGGUUGAAUAUUUCGCAGCAUGGCAUAAGAGACCCUCCAAAUCUAGUUUAAUCCAGGCCAGGUACUCUUACGGCGCGUUCCUCACGCACACGCCUGUAAACACCGUUUCGGAGGUGAUCUUUGAUCGACUCUUGCGGUGUGACGACUGCAAAUGCUUUUCACCGGUUUCUAGUUCUCUGUGGCGGUGGUUGGCGCCUUCUGUCAUGACUAUAGUUGUCGGAGCUGUCAAUGUCUACUGCUCAUUUGGGGUCGCCAAAUUGUUGUUGGAUAUGUUUCCGACUUUGCGUCGGGUCAUCUAA